GUUUGGACUUCUAAAACAUCCUUUUGCAGUGACCAAGCCCACUUGCUAAUGAGACAUCAGCCAGCUCCUUUCCCCCAACUGUAGUGACUUUUGCAGAGUGGAGUGGUGGCCUGGCCAGCAGGCCUCCUCAUCAUCCAACAUGGCACCUAUGGCAGGACACGAGGAACAGUGGCAGCCAUUCCUCCCCCUGCUCUGGCCACCCCUUGCCCCCCACGCUAGCCUGCAUGGUGUGGAUAUCUGUGGGACCCCAGAGGACUGACUGACCGACCUGACUUCCUACUCUCAGUAACAAGCCCCCCAAGAUGUCGAUCGAGUGGCUAGUGGCCUGGAGCUGGUCCCUGGACGGCUUGAGGGACUGCAUCGCCAGCGGCAUCCAGUCUGUGCGUGAUUGUGACACCAGCGCUGUGGUCACUGUGGCUUGUCUGCUUGUCCUGUUUGUGUGGUACUGCUACCACGUGGGCAGAGAGCAGCCACGGCCGUAUGUCUCUGUGAACUCGCUCAUUCAGGGCGCAGAUGCCAACGGGCUGCAGAACGGGUAUGUGUACUGCCAGUCCCCCGAGUGCAUGCGCUGCACCCACAGCGAGGGCCUCAACCAGAAACUCUACCACAACCUGCAGGAGUAUGCCAAGCGCUACUCAUGGUCUGGCAUGGGCCGUAUCCACAAGGGCAUCCGCGAGCAGGGCCGCUACCUCAACAGCCGGCCUUCCAUCCAGAAGCCAGAGGUCUUCUUCCUGCCCGACCUCCCCACCACACCAUACUUCCCUCGGGAUGCGCAGAAACACGAUGUCGAGGUACUAGAGCGGAACUUCCAGACCAUCCUGUGUGAAUUUGAGACCCUCUACAAAGCUUUCUCAAACUGCAGCCUCCCACAGGGCUGGAAAAUGAACAGCACCCCCAGUGGGGAGUGGUUCACCUUUUACUUGGUCAAUCAGGGCGUUUGUGUCCCCAGGAACUGCAGGAAGUGCCCACGGACGUACCGCUUGCUGGGAAGCCUUCGGACCUGUAUUGGGAACAAUGUUUUUGGGAAUGCAUGCAUCUCCGUGCUGAGCCCCGGGACUGUGAUAACCGAGCACUACGGGCCUACAAAUAUCCGCAUCCGGUGCCACUUAGGUCUGAAAACUCCAAGUGGCUGUGAGCUGGUGGUUGGGGGUGAGCCCCAGUGCUGGGCAGAAGGCCGUUGCCUCCUCUUUGAUGACUCUUUCCUGCACACCGCAUCCCAUGGAGGUUUGGCGGAGGAUGGCCCGCGGGUGGUCUUCAUGGUGGAUCUGUGGCAUCCCAAUGUUGCAGCUGCCGAGCGGCAGGCCCUGGAUUUCAUCUUUGCCCCAGGACGAUGAGAAAAUUGCCUAUGUGGGAGCUGGUGAGGGGCAAGGAGCCCAGGUGGCCAUGGGAUAGUCCAGCCACGCCCGAGCUUGGAUUCCACGCUCAGAAACCUAU